UAGAAAUUUAAUUGGUCUUUUCGAUUUCCUUAAGAUUGGCGGUGUCGUAAAAUAUUUUGUGUUGAAAAACUGAAGAGUAUCGGCACGAAAAUGUACUUUAAAUUCGUUGUAUUAGCAGCAUUCUGUUGCAUUGCAACCUCUGCUGAAUUCACCAGCUAUGAGGGCCAUAAAGUGUACGAUAUUAAACCCGAGAAUACUGUGCAUCAAGAGCUCUUAGCGCGUUUAGCGCAGAAUGACGUCUAUGAUUUCUUCACCCUGCCACGCGUACUAGGUCUCUCUGCACGCGUUUUGGUCCAACCAGAGCAGCAAGCGGAAUUUGAGCAAACUUUGCAGGCAGCACAACUGCCAUACGAAGUGGUAAACGAGAAUUUCGGUGAGACCGUUGCCGAGGAACGCAUGCAAAACAACUUUUUCCGCAAUCUACGCAGCUCUUCAAGAAGCAGCAUCUCUUUCAGCGCCUACCAACGUUAUGAUGCCAUCAAUAGCUAUCUCGAUCAAUUGGCCGAAAAUUACCCAAGCCGUGUUAAUUUGAAAACGAUCGGUAAAUCAUAUGGAGGUCUUGCUCUACGCACGAUCACAAUCACCAAUGGCGAUGGUAAUACAAACAAAAAAGUGAUUCUACUCGACGCUGGUAUACACGCUCGCGAAUGGAUAGCGCCCGCCGGUGCUCUUUAUGUGAUCCAGCAAUUGGUUGAGAAUUUCGAGGAAAACUCACAUUUAUUAGAGACAUACGAUUGGGUAAUUUUACCCGUAGUCAAUCCUGAUGGUUAUGAAUACACGCACACCAAUACACGCAUGUGGCGUAAGACACGUAAACCAGCAAGUAAAAGUUGUGUCGGCACGGAUGCUAAUCGUAACUUUGAUUUCCAUUGGGGUGAAGUGGGUGCUUCUAGUUCGGCUUGUUCUGAUACAUAUAAGGGUGCUUCUGCCUUUUCCGAGCCCGAAACACAAGCUCUGCGCGAUCUGAUGCAUUCGCUAACUGGACGUGCGAAGUUCUACCUCACUCUGCAUUCCUACGGCAAUUAUCUGCUCUAUCCCUGGGGCUACACUUCUGCGCUUCCUGAUACCUGGGAGGAUAUUGAUGAGGUUGCUCAAGCCGGCGCUGCAGCUAUCAAAUCAGGCACUGGUACCGAUUACACCGUUGGCAGCUCAACAAAUGUUCUUUAUGCCGCUGCUGGUGGUAGCGAUGAUUACGCCUUUGCUGCGGCUGGUAUUCCCAUUUCAAUUACAAUGGAAUUGCCCGCAGCUGGUAAUGGUUUCAAUCCAGCACCAUCUAAAAUUGAAGAAUUGGUUCGCGAGACAUGGCUGGGCAUCAAAGCUAUGGCGGAGAAAGUGGAACAGAAAUAUUAGAGUAUGAACAUGAGUUUAUUUUUGAGUUUAGAAAAUAAAAAUAAAAAUUAAAAAUUGCGCAA